UCAAAAAACCAAUUAAGUUUUAAAGGGUUGUUUUCUGUUUUGUGGAUGUGUAGAAAAGAAACAGGAAAAAGAUAUAUAAAUAUAAAUAUAAUUCUAAGUAAUAAUAAUAAUAAGAAGGGGAAUGGGGAGUGAAGUGGAUGAUGAGUUUAAGGAUGUUGAGAACACAGUGUUUGUGGCGGUCGGAAAGAAUGUUAAGGAAUCCAAAUUAUUGAUAUUAUGGGCUGUUCAGUUUUUUCAUGGAAUCAAGAAUAUUUGUUUGCUUUAUGUACAUCAACCUGCUCAGUUGGUUACAAUUUUGGUUGACAAGUUCUCUGCCAGCAGAUUAAAAGAACAGGUGAUCAAGGCUUGCUGCGAACUUGAACAAACAAAGAUGCACAAAAUAUUAAAUCAGUACAGUCACACCCUUUCUCAGUCCGGGGUGCAUGCAGGUAAGGUGUGGAUAGAAGCUGAAAGUGUUGAAGCGGGUAUUGUUCAAACAAUAACUCAGUAUGACAUUCGGUGGCUUGUCAUGGGAGCUGGAACCAAGAAACAUCAUUCGAAGGAUUUGUUGCAGUCCAAGUCUAAAAAAGCUGUAUAUGUUAGCCAACAAGCACCAAUGUCUUGUCAGAUCUGGUUUGUUUGCAAAGGUCAACUUAUCCAUACAAGAGAACCGUCUGCUAGUCCCACCCCUCAUCUAAUAAGUGUCAAGGCAUUGCCUCCUCCACCAUUUGCUGAAGAAACAAUGUUGACAAUUUAUGAUGAAGAAGGUGCUAACAUGGAAGUGAGGUCUUUACGAUGUUUGGAGAAUUCCACAUCUACAAAAAAUGAAUUUAGCAACUCGACGUCAACUCAUUUGCUGAUUGGUGAUGCAAGAGAAAAUGGAUCAACUUUAGCCUCAUCUCAUGAAUCUCAAGACAAAGUGGCUUGUUCACUUUCUGCUAUGUUUCUGGAAGGACCCAAAAGGCUUUCAUCUUCCGAGUUGCAAGAUAAAUUAGAACAUGCUACCACAGAUGCUGAAAACUCAAAGCAGAUUGCAUUUGAAGAGUCAAUAAAGCGGUGGAGGGCUGAAGAAGAUGCGAAAGAGGCUUUACAUAAGGCUGAAGAAUCAGAAAAUUCAUGUAAGGAGGAAGUUACACGAAGAAAAGAAAUGGAGACUAUUCUGACAACAAAAAGUCAAGAAAUUGAAAAAAUGAAGAGUCAACGAGUUCAAUUCAUUGAAGAGCUUCAAAUGAUCAAAGACCAGAAAGCUGGACUUUUGGACCGAAUUUCAAAGGCCCGUGAAGCAGAAAAGGAGUUGGAGGAAAAGAUUAUUCAAGCUGUGAAUCUCUUAAUUACUUUCAAAGAAAGACGAGAUAGCUUGCAAGACGAGCGUGAUAAUGCAAGGAGACAAAUUAAUACACUUGCAGAGUUCGUAUAUGAGGAUAACUCACAGUUGUCGCAUGCAGAAUUUUAUAAACCCUCUUUUUUGGAAAUCAUGAAGGCUACUGAGAAUUUCAACCAAUCAUUGAAGAUUGGAGAAGGGAGAUGUGGUAGUGUUUAUAAAGGGAUUCUUCGCCAUGUAAGGGUAGCAAUAAAGAUGUUACCUUCCCUUGGUUCUCUAGGAGAUGAAGAUUUCGAACAUGCGGCAGAGGUUUUGAGUAGAAUUCGUCAUCCAAACAUUGUCACACUGAUUGGGGUUUGUCCAGAAACUAGAUCUCUGAUCUAUGAGUAUCUUGAAAAUGGCAGCCUUGAAGACCAUAUUGCUUCUCAGGCCACAGCUCCACCCCUCCAGUGGCAUACCCGAAUAAGAAUUGCUUCAGAAAUGUGCUCAGCCCUUAUCUUUCUCCAUGGCAGUAAUCCUCAAAUCAUCCAUGGAGAUUUAAAGCUCACCAACAUUCUCCUUGAUUCAAACCACGUAUGUAAAUUAAGUGACUUGGGAAUCAGGCGUUUGAGUUUCUCUGAAGAUAAAGUUUCUCCCACUUCAUUAUACAACAACAUUGAACCCGAGGUGUCUGCCUAUAUGGAUCCUGAACUUUUUGAAUCUGGAAAGCUUUCUACUUUCUCAGAUAUAUACUCGUUUGGAGUUGUGUUGUUAAGAAUAUUGACAGGAAGACCAGCAUUGAGUAUUAUUAAUGAUACAAAAUGCGCUUUAGAAAACGGGAAUUUUGUUACAAUUUUGGAUUCAUCAGGCGGGGAUUGGCCAAUCGAGCAUGCAAAGGAAUUAGCUUAUUUGGGUUUAAGAUGUUGUGAAAAGAAUCCCAUGGAUAGACCGAAUCUUGUAAAUGAAAUAUUGACAAAAUUGGAGACAAUGCGAAAUCUGGUUAUCACAGACUCAUCUGAUGAGUCUGAGAACCAUCGUCGAAUUCCAUCUUAUUUUGUAUGCCCCAUUUUUCAGGAAGUGAUGAAAGAUCCUUACAUAGCAGCAGAUGGUUUUACAUAUGAAGCCGACGCUAUAAAAGGCUGGUUGAACAGUGGCCACAAGACUUCACCCAUGACCAACCUUAAGCUUGACCACUGUGACUUACUUCCUAACCAUGCUCUUUCCUAUGCAAUUCAAGAGUGGCAACAGCAUUCCUGAUAGACCCUUUUAAUGUAAUAUCUCGUUAACUUUAAACGUGACUGUAUAUGGGGAAAAACGUCAAUACGGUGUAUAGCCAUGGGAUCUGGGGUAUUGCAUCGACCGUACAAAUGUAUAUCAACAUUCAUGUAUAGUACUUCUGGAAAAGCAUUAUAAAGUCGAGUUAUUGAACCAUUUGAUUCCAGUUCUGGCUGCAUAGGUCCAAGUUUCUCACAGUGACAGCAUGUUAGCGUCGUGAAUUCAUGGUUUUCGACAAUAAACAGGUAUGUAUUGACUGCUGCCCAGGAGGUAAAAAACUUUGGCGAUUACUCGUAAUAUACUAGAAAAGGAAAUGGUAGAUGCCUUUUUAUGAUUAGCAAUUGUAAACUGUAGGUACAUUUCAACAAAUUUUUAAUGCUCAUUGUGGUGUGGUCCAUUGUUAAUGCCUUUUACUUUGAGGAA